AAAGAUACACCUUUUUUACACUGAUUUGAAAUGACACUUUUAUCAUACACUGAAUUCUCAUGUGUACUUGGAUUUAUUUCUGGGCUUUCUAUCACAUUCUACUAAUUGGCUCCAUUUUUAUAUUGCUGUGCUAACACCAUAUUUUUAUCACAUUGGUUUUGUGGUUAAUUUUGAUAAGGCAAGCAUUGCCAUCCUCCCACUGUGCUUUUUCUUGGCUCUUCUUUUUCUUAACUAUUCUUAAAAAAUGUGAAUUCUUUCAUAUGAUCCUUAAAAUAAUUUUAUCCAAUUCCAGGAAAAACCCUGUUAGGCUUCUGAUUGGCAUUGCACAGAAUUUAUAUAUUAAUUCAGGGUUUGGGAAGUUUGACAAGUUUAUAAGAAAAUGUAGUACGCAUACCAUAUAUUAUGUAAUACCACAAGCAGGGCCUGGAACAGCACCCCAUAACAGCACUUGGAUGCUUCUUCAGGGAAAUGUGUGCGCAUUCCCACUUAGUAGAUUACAUAAAGACUAUAUAUAGUCUCAUGGCAGUUCAGAUCAGGCUUUACCACGGGAUAAGUUUGUGCUCAUAGAAAUCCUUUGCUCAUUCUAUUAAUGGGUUCUUUCUUUCUUUUUUUGGUCAAUAUAGGAUAUCUCUCUCUUUUCCUGUAAUAUGUUUGGUCUUGAACGGUGCUUUUUCUGACAUUCACAUGGCUGCACUUCCUUUCUGUUUGUUAGUGUUUACCACAUAUACCUUUAGAUUUCUUCAACUUUCAGCCUUCCUCUAUCAUUUAGUUUUAGGUAUGUCUCUCACAGAAACCCCAUAGCAGGAUUUAUGCUUUUUUUGCACAACUGACAGUGAAAUCUUUUCCCCUCCAGUCUCUCCCACCCUCACAGGCCCUUGAAAUGGAAGCUUUGGGACACUUUUAAUUCUUAUUUUUCCUCUUUUCCCUAACUUUUAACCUCUGAGUUUUGGUUAGUUAGUAAUUUCUUUUUAUAAAUUUUUUUUAUGUUUUAUUUUAUAUUUGAGAAAGAGACAGAGUGCGAGCAGGGGAGGGGCAGAGAGAUGGAGACAAAAUUUGAAGCAGGCUCCAGGCUCUGAGUGUCAGCACAGAGCCCGACACGGACUCGAACCCAUGAACCAUGAAUGAGAUCAUGACCUGAGCUGAAGUCAGACACUCAACCAACUGAGCCACCUAGGCGCCCCAGUAAUUUCUUUUUAAAUUCUAGGCUAUCAUUAUAUUUUCUUUAUAGUAGGUCACUUGUGUCCCAGGAAUCCUAAUGUAACACUUAAUAUUGCAAACUCCCAAUCAUUGCGAUGGGAUUCUUGAGCAAACGGCUAAAAAUUCGUGAGAUGUCUUUAGUGCAAAAAGGGGACUUUGCUAAAGCACAGGGACAGGACCCAUGGGCAGAAAGGGCUGCACUGGGGUUGUGAGAAGUGACUGACUAUACACUUUUAAGUUAAUGGGAGUUAGGGAUAGUGUAAGUCUCUAAGGAAUUUGAAAGUAAAGCUUUUAGGACCUUGAGGGGCUGCUGUUAACAUAAGGUUACUUUUAGUCUUUAAUUAGACAAAAACAUGAAGGAAGUAAGGCAUCCAUGAGUUCCUUGGACAGGGUCACCCUGCAUGUUUCAAAUAUCUAUCAGUGGGCUGCAAGCUGUAAGGAGAUUUAAUUGAAGCUACAUUUUCUAUUGCCUUUGUUUCCCUCAUCAGUGGUAUCUUUGUCAUUUCACGUUUCACUAUACAUAUUAAAAACUUGUGGCCUGUCACUAUUUACUCUCCCUUUUGCCUUCCCCCACUUUGAUCCCCUGAAGUUAUUCAGUAGUCAUUUGCUUAGAGAACUUCUUAUUCUCCAAUAAGGUGCACAGGUUACAUGUACUCCUCUGACCAAAAAUGUCUUUCUUUGGCCAUGAUUGAUAUGUGCUGUCUUGCCUGGGUGGGGGGCCCAUGCAUCUCAAGCGUUUCUUCUCAGCGCUCCAUGGGUGCUACAGGCCACUGUCUUCUUGCUUCCAGAGUUGAGGAACAGAACUAUUUGCAUCUUAGUCCUCCAGGUAUCUCUACUUUUUUUACUCAAAUCGUCAAGCUUGAGCUCUGCACCUUGAAGGGGUUCUUCUGUUUUGUCUUACAUUAAAAAAAAAAUGUUUAUUUAUUUUGAGAGAGAGAGUGAACGAACAGGGAAGGGGUAGUGAGGGGGGCAGAGAGAGAAUCCCAAGCAGGCUCUGUGCUGCCAGUGCAUAGCCCAAUGCUGGGGCUCGAACCCACGAACCAUGAGAUCAUGACCUAAGCUGAAACCAAGAGUCGGAUGCUUAACUGACUGAGCCACCCAGGUGCCCCUUGUUUUUCUUUUUCUUUCUUUUUUUUUAAUAUUUGGUCUUUCAGAUCAUUGGUUUGACCUUCAUCAUUUUACCUGUUAAGUGUUUUCAUGCCUUGGAAAGACCACUCUGGCAGCUGUUGGGAGAGAGUGGAGAGGAACAAAGAGGGAGUUUCAGGCCCGCUGCUGGAAGACUGGGACAUAAUCAGCCCCAAGGAUGUCAUUGGUUCUGAUGUGCUGCUGGCUGAGAAACGGUCAUCGUUGACGACAGCUGCCCUGCCCUUCACGCAGUCUAUCCUCUCUCAGGUGGGCCGCACCUUGUCUAAGGUCCAACAGGUGCUGAGCUGGUCAUAUGGGGAAGAUGUCAAGCCCUUCAAGCCACCCCUGAGCGAUGCUGAGUUUCACACAUACCUGAACCACGAGGGCCAGCUCUCCCGCCCCGAGGAGUUACGCCUGCGGAUCUAUCACGGUGGUGUUGAACCCUCCCUGCGAAAGGUGGUGUGGCGGUACCUGUUGAAUGUGUACCCAGAUGGGCUGACAGGCCGCGAGCGGAUGGACUACAUGAAACGCAAGAGUCGCGAGUAUGAACAGCUCAAGAGCGAGUGGGCACAGCGAGCAAGCCCUGAGGACUUGGAAUUCAUCCGCAGCACAGUCCUCAAGGAUGUGCUGCGUACGGACCGGGCCCACCCCUACUAUGCAGGGCCUGAGGAUGGCCCGCACCUGCGGGCACUGCACGACUUGCUCACCACCUAUGCCGUUACCCACCCACAGGUGUCCUACUGCCAGGGCAUGAGCGACCUUGCCUCGCCCAUCCUCGCCGUCAUGGACCAUGAAGGCCAUGCCUUCGUCUGCUUUUGUGGCAUCAUGAAGCGCCUGGCCGCGAACUUCCAUCCUGACGGCCGAGCCAUGGCCACCAAGUUCGCCCACCUUAAGCUGCUGCUGCGACACGCUGACCCUGACUUUUAUCAGUACCUACAAGAAGCUGGUGCUGAUGACCUGUUCUUCUGUUACCGCUGGUUGUUGCUUGAACUGAAGCGUGAGUUCGCCUUUGAUGAUGCCCUCCGCAUGCUUGAGGUCACCUGGAGUUCACUGCCACCCGAUCCUCCUGAACAUGAAGUAGAGCUCGUUGGACCCCCCAGUCAAGUGGCAGACACUGGCUUCAGUGGCCACAGGGGAAGGCCCAUGCGACAGAGGCACAUGCUGAGGCCUGCUGGUGGAGGAAGCAGUGCUUUUGAAGAUGCUGUUGACCACUUGGUCACGACCAGCCAGGGGCCUGGUGGCGGGGGGCGUCUCCUGAGACAAGCCAGUCUGGAUGACCUUCAGCAACUCAGGGAUCACACGGGCUCCAGGAGGGACCCUCGGGUCCAGCUGCCCCACCCAGCUGCCCUUAUCAGCUCCAAGUCCCUCUCUGAGCCCUUAUUGAACUCCUCAGACCCACUGCUCUCCUCCUCUUCCCACCCUGAUUCCCCAUCCUCCUCAUCUCCACCAUCCACCCAAGAGGCCUCUCCUGCUGGUGAUGUGGCUGCAGGAUCCCCCUUGAUGCCAGAGUUGGGCUCCCCACAAGAACCUGGGAAGUCCCUGCCACCCCCACCCCCACUGGGCCUGCCCCCACCCCAGGAGUUUGGUCGGGGGAACCCAUUCAUGCUCUUCCUCUGCCUCGCCAUCCUGCUGGAGCACCGCGACCACAUCAUGCGCAACGGGCUAGAUUACAAUGAGCUGGCCAUGCACUUUGACCGCCUCGUGCGAAAACACCACCUGGGGCGUGUCCUUCGCCGGGCCAAGUCUCUCUUCGCUGAUUACCUGCAGUCGGAGGUGUGGGACUCAGAGGAGGGGGCCGAGGCCACAGCCCCAUCUUGAUCAGGUUGCUUGCAGCCUACCGUCAGCCCCACCUGGUCUCUGUUCUUUGCCAUGAGGGCCUACACAUAAGACGCCACCUCCCUGCCUGUCAGCCCUUGACCUGUUGGAGUGCAGGGUCCUCUCUCCCCAGGUCUGAGAGUAUGGGACUAUGCUUUGGCACUGCCCUGUGGAGGCCACGGCCUCUUUUCUCAGUUUAUGUUGUUUCAUUUUUAACAACUAUACUUUGCACACAUGAA